AAAUGCUCCCGCAGCGGCAGAAAGCGUGCAGUGGCCAAGCAAGUCAGUAAAACUGGUAGUUCUUAAAUACGCAUACCGAUUUUGUCAUUUGCCGCUCGAUUAAUUAAUCGGACAAAUCCUAAUCUUAUCAUCAACCCAGUUUGCCUCAAAGCUAUGGGUGAGUUGGCGUUCCUGCAACCGUGGCUGGACGCGCUUCAUGCCGUAGUGAAGCCUCCUGCCCAUGGAUUCCGCACAUUUGAUGAUCUCAGCGUGCGUGUGCAGACCACUGAAAGACAACCAGCAGCUGGUUGUCUUCGGGGGACGAGUCGCACCAGGUGGCGCCUUACCGAAAAGUGCAUGUCAGACUCUCGACGAACUUUGAAAAUGGGGACCGAGUGCGACAGGGAAUGGAACUGCUCAAUAUGCUCGCCGCUGUCAAGAAUAGUGCCUUCGUAGAGCUCAUGGAUGACCUGCUGUCGCCGGAUCCCAUGCUUUUCGGCGAUCGAUGUACCCACUCGACCGUGUACCCCACUUGGAAGUGCAGUCUCGUGGGUACUUUACCAGCAGAAGCUGAUGUAACUUGGGGAGCUAUUUUCAUGUGUUCACGCGACCCAUUUGAAACCUCGCUUGAGUUUCGACAAGCCAUGGAGAAAUUAGAGACAAUGGGGUUACAGAAUUUAGAAGGUGGGCGAUGGAUUCGGGACGAUGUUAACUGGACUGGCAGAUAUGGUAUAAUAACUAUGGGUGGAGAGCAAACUACUGCAGAUAACACGGACGAGAUCAAGCCAGCUGCCAGUCCACAGCAAUUCUCCCGUCACCUCGGCACAUUAUUUCGCUUUGAAGCUCCUCCAGCUGCUCAACUAACUGGAUGCUGCUGGUACUGAUGAAACUUUGGAGCAAACCUCGGAUGUCGACUACCGAAUUGGAGCUGGAGAUCCAUAGUGCUUAUAUGGACAGAACCGAAUUUUCUAGCCCUGACGUCCUCGAAGUCGCAGUGGUACUGAGUCGAGCUGAUUUGACUUUUCUUUACUUGAAUUUUGCUGAUGUUCUGGACUCGGAUCAAAAUACAGAGCCGCUAGCAUUGACGAACAUUGGAUUUGUCGUCUCUACACUGAUUUGUGGUCGUUCUUUAUGUGCGUCAAUCGGCACAGAUAUCGAGAUUCCGUUGAUUGAACGUCAAGGGCAUGUUAGAAAGCUGUGUCUGGCCUUUGACAGCUCGUUUCAUACGUUUACAGGGGUUUGCGCUGCUCUCGCCAGUGGCGCUUCGUUUGGUAGACUGGCUUUGUGGGUGGAUGUCGAUGAACAAGCAAACCUGCAGGUUGUGCAAGAUGAGUGUUGGUCGUGGUUAGCCUAUGCACUUUGGAGUAAGGGGUCCGGUUGUUCAGUUCGAGAGCUGGCAAUUGGGGGCAUUGGACUAUCACGGAGUGGUUUGUCGAUCUUCAAGGCUGCAUUCCAGCAAAACUAUCCGGAACCAGACUUGAUGAGAAACGUUGAGUACGGAUUAAUUACCAUUCCGGAAGGAGUCGAGGUAAAACCUCGUGCUUGGAUGGAGAACGAUAGCAUGGGCUUGAUGUUAACGCACGAAUGUCGUUGCCGUGCGCGCUAUAAUAACGCAACGAAAAACGUGGAUUUUAUUCUUCCUGGUUUUGGGAUUUGCACGACAAAAGCAGAUAAUCGGAGCAAGUUUGUACCGGAUGCCACGGCAGAUUUAAGCGAUGAGGUAGUCGCUCACAUCCCAAAUCUUGGAUCGCUGGAACUAGAUUUGUCUCAAGUAGAAAGUGGCGAUGUACUCGAUGCUUUGCUAAAACUUAUUGGUGGUGAUGUUCGUUCAUUGACACUGAGUAUUCAAGAAGGCUGGCUCGGUGUGGGGAAUCAACGUGUUAAAGUCGAUUUAAGUGAGCUUGCGCCUUGUGUCCCUCUUGGAAGAGCUCCACCUGCAGAAUGUCACUAUUUUCGUGUCCAAACACAACGAACUAUUACGUCGAUGGGGCCUGAAGACGUUGGAAAUGUACGAAGCUGACGAUGCUGACAGCCUUGACACCUGUUUGCGGCUUUUGGUCGAUAAGACGCUACGAUCAACACGAGAACUGAGUGAGCUGGAGAUAUCCGUCGGUCAGCUCGAACGUUUAAACCCGCUAGCUCGAGGUUUGAUGAACGCUAUCAGCGGACACAUUGGCGAAUUUCUAUCCGUUGCAAAGGACGAAUUCCCAUCAGCCUCGAAGGCAGUGAUGAUUAGUGUCGUGAAUGACUGCCAUUCUCCGCAGUCGUCUCUCCAGUAUAUAGACGCAAGUAUCCUUACAUUGAUAUUUGAAUUUGCAGCAAGGGCCCAGCAGCGUUCUGCGUGGCUACUCAAUUCAAACCCAAGAAAAAGAAAACUUCACUUUUGCGGUUGGAAUAGUUCUCCUUCUUUUAUGUACUUUGAGUAGAGAUUCACCAAUAUCUCGUGAGCUGGAAAACCUCUCACGGGUAUUCCUGGACAAGCAGCGCUUCGU